AUAUAUAUAUAUAUAUAUAUGAAGAGCUCUUUUCCAAAACGCGAUAAACGCCAAAUUUAAAAAAAACGACUUUGUCACGUCAUUCUGCUGUAUACCGAGCCUACUCACUGCUACAUAAAUGUUUCUAACCAAAUCGCUACAUAUCCCUGUUUAAACUGUACCGAAAGGUGUCAUUUCAUUUCAAAACGCGAUAGGCGCUACACUAGUUUCGAGUCACAGUGCGACAUAUCCUCUCGGCCAAUCAGAGUGUUCGGUGAGCAGAGAGAAACCAUAGCAACAGUAGAGUUCAGUGAGCGUCCCUGUCAAGUAUCAUGGCGGCGCACUGAGGCUUGAGGUAAAUCUUGUUGGUGUAAAAGAAAUACAUCGGACAAAUGGAUGUUUUGAAUGUGGUUAACACUUUUGAUGGUUCCGAAGUAGCCGUUAAGCCCACACCUGGUGGAAGACGACGGCGUUUAAACAUAGACAGUCAUGAACGCCAACGAACUAAGAAAAUGCGCUACUCUGGUGGAGGACGAAUUCCCACCAUUGGAUGUACACACACCUCAGCUAAAUGCUUUUGCCAAGCAGAUAGAUUGACACCCGAUGACCUUGUCAUGAAUUUUGAGAAGUUUCAUGACAAACCUAAUAAAGUGGAACAGGACGGGGCACUUCUUCACCUGAUGUCAGUAUCUGAGGCAAAACGACACCGUCAGAACGACGAAAACCGACAGAAGGAGAGGAAUGUCACCGUAAAAUACAGCCUGCUGUGUGAUGAGCACCCCAACAAAGUGCCAGUUUGCAAGGCCACAUUCCUGUCAGUUUUGGGAAUCAGCAAAGACCGGGCCUCCCGGGUUGCCCGGUGCUGAGACUGCAGAGGCUCGUCCGGAGAGAAGAGGUGGUGCGAGAAACAUCGAGGGGAACGACAAUAGAAGGCAACUGAUCAUAGAUCACAUCAAGACCUUCACGUGCAGGGCCAGCCACUAUGGGCGGAGGGGAGCACCUGGGCGCAGGUAUCUGCCAACUGACCUGAGUGUGCGCAAGAUGCACGAGCUCUUUGAGGCUGUAAACCACGCACACACAAGCUACUCCCUCUACUACUCUGUUUUUGCCAAUAAUUUCAAUCUUGGCUUCGGCCACCCGGCAACAGAUGUAUGUUCUGAUUGUGCCAAAUACAAAUUCAGAAUCAAAGAUCCGAAUAUGACCGAAGCAGAGAGGCAGAUAGAAUCUGCAUCAUUCAUCUUGCAUCGUCGUAGAGCUCGUGUUUUCUAUGACCUACUAGGCAGAGUUGCGAAUGAUUCUGUAUCCGUCUGCUUUGAUAUGAUGCAGAACCUGAUCCUUCCAAGAACUCCAAUAGGGCAGGCCUACUACUCUCGUCAGCUGUAUCUCUAUCUAUUUGGUGUUAUUAGACACCAUGGAGAGAAUAGUCACCAGCCAAAGGAGAAUGUCCAUCUGUAUGUGUGGCAGGAAAAUCAGAGUCCCAAGGACAGCAAUAUGAUUGCAUCUGCAUUGAAUGACUGCUUCACAGUUCGCCUUGCCAGUCAAAUUCGCCGAUCCAAGGGGCUUCGGCUCUUCAGUGACUCGUGCUAUGGACAAAACAAAAAUAUGACCAUGGUCUCCAUGCUCAUGGAGCUAAGGCAAACCUUCCCCAACCUUUGCAUCGAGCACACAUUUCCAGUCAGGGGGCACAGCUAUCUCCCCGCAGACAGAGUUUUUGGCAGGAUUGAGCAGAAACUCAGAAGGAUCGACACAAUUCUCCUGCCACAAGAAUACCAUGCCCUCCUGCAGCAGUUUGGAAAUGUGUACGUUUACGGCACAGACUGGAAGGCUUUUGAUUACAAGUCGGCUACAAAAGAGUGCGUGAAGGCGCAGAGAAGCUUCAAGAUCAGUGAAGCACGCAUGCUGGAUUUGAGUACCAACAAGGUUGGCAUGAAGGUGGCAUACAAUGGGGAGUACUGCUUCCACAGUGCGCUGAAACGUGGCAAACGGUGGGCUGACCUGAAACCUGCCAUUCUUGCAAGCCAAACCACAGUGAAGGAAGCAAAGAAGAAAGAUGUGGUUGCUCUCCUGAAAGCAAUAGGUGUGUCUGAGGCAGUGAGCGCUUUUUAUAGUGCUGCACUAUCUGAUGUGAAUGAAAACGCUCACCAGAGUGACGAAGACCCAGAAUAAAUUCCUAUAAUGUAGUGAAUGAAUGUAAUGCAGUAUUACAUUUUAUCUGUCUUGUUUUCUUAUAAAGGUUAUACACUUCAAGCAACGUUGCAACUUUUACAGGUUCAGUACUUUUGAAUGGACUAUUUAAUGUAUUGUCAAUGUUGAUAUUGUUAUUUCAUUACUUGUCAUC